AAACCUCCAGCAUGCUUGCGAAUUCAGUGAGACAGCUUUGCCUGAGGAGUGCGUCCUCGCAUUCUGCCGUAAACAUUCUGAUGAAAUGUCCUCGUAUGGGUGUCAUACUUCAGCAGCGGAUUCAUGCUGCUUUGGGAUUUGAAUCUAGAUCAUUCAGUGCCUCAGCAUGUGUGUGGCGUCAAGUGAUGUCCUCCCAGUAUAUAUUUAAAAGUCCUAUUGAGGAAAUCGACAUCCCAACAAAUGUGACGCUGCACGGAUAUUUCUUCAAAGUUUGCGAUGAAUACAAAGACAGUCCAGCAAUGACAGAUGUACCCACAGGAAAAACCUAUACGUACACACAGCUCAAGGAAAACAUCAUCAAAGUUGCCAGUGGUCUUCACCGGGCUGGCUUCAGAAAGGGAGACGUUAUCUUGGUCUUCUCCACUAAUCAAAUAGACUUUACAGUGCUUCAGUUGGCCAGCUCAUGCCUUGGGCUAUGGUUCUCUCCUGCCAACCCACAGUAUACUCCAAUGGAGUUGAAUCGACAAAUGAACCACAGUGGAGCAAUCUCCAUCUUUGCACUAGACUCUCUGGCUGGAGUAGUGGAUCAAGCUUUAGACUGCAAAGAUUUACCACAUAACAUCAAGUCUAAGUAUGUGUUUGGCGACGUCCCAGGCUACACACCAUUUAGCUCUCUCUUGGAGGAUGACGGCAGCGUGUACCCUGAGGUCAGCAUUGACCCUCUGAAUGACGUGUUCACCCUCCCCUACUCCUCUGGCACAACUGGACUUCCGAAGGGUGUCAUGUUAACCAAUCACAACUGCUUUGCCAAUGUGCUACAGUCCGGUGCAGGGUUGCCUAUUACCCCUAAUGACCGUGCCUUGGGCCUGCUUCCCCUGUAUCAUAUCUACGGCAUGGUUGUUGUCCAGUUCGGAGUUCUCAGUGGUGGAGGUCACCUAUUUUACGUCCCCAAGUUUGAGGCACAUUCCUGCUUGAAGUGCAUACAGGACAACAAAAUCAAUUUGGCCCACCUUGUGCCACCUCUGGUGGUGUUCCUGGCCAAAAACCCUGUGGUCUCGGAGUACGAUGUGAGUUCCCUCCAACGCAUCUACAGCGGAGCCGCUCCGCUGGGACAAGAUGUGAGUUUUGCCUGUCUGAAGAGACACCCGGACUUACAAUCACUUAAUCAGGUGUAUGGUCUCACAGAGACAUCGCCUCUUGUAACAAUAGACAGCAAAGAGUUGCCGGGGUCUAUUGGGCAGUUGACUGUCAACACUUUAGGAAAGGUUGCUGAUGUGAACUCAUUUGAAGCCCUCCCCCCGGGGCAGGUUGGGGAGCUCUGUGUGAAGGGACCACAGGUCAUGAAGGGUUACUUCAACAACCAGAAAGCCACCGACGAGAUGAUUGACUCAGAUGGGUGGCUGCACACAGGGGAUAUUGUAUAUGCUGAAGAAAGUGGAGCAUUCUAUGCAAAGGACCGUAUAAAAGAGCUCAUCAAAUACAAAGGUUCUCAGGUUGCUCCUGCUGAGUUGGAGGAUUUACUCCAGGGCCACUCAGAUGUGCAGGAUGCAGCAGUGAUCGGAGUGGCGGACGAGAUGGCUGGAGAGCUCCCCAAAGCCUUUAUCGUCAAGAAAUCUGGCUCAAACGUCACAGAAGAAGAGAUAAAAAAGUUUGUUGAAGAACGAGUUGCUCACACGAAGAAACUUCGAGGAGGUGUCCAGUUCGUAGAUAAUAUACCGAAAAAUCCUAGCGGGAAAAUCCUCAGACGUGUCCUAAAGACCACAUAUUUAUAACAUUCAUUUUGUCAGUUUCAGUUGUUUUGCUUCUUUGAAAAAGUUUUGUGACUGUUUAAACUCUUUGUAUCACUUUCAGUUGGCCCCUUUUCCUGUCUUAUUAAAUAGUGCAAUAAAAACAAAUGUUUGCAUUAUAUAUAUUCAGAUUCAGUGAUUGGGUCUGACUGUAUUUAAUUUUUUUUUCUUCACAAGAAUGUGCUUUUUAAGGUUUGCUUCUUUUUAAAGUGAGAAAUAGGGAACUUUUGAUGUAUCAUUUUGCUGGAUGCUUUCUAAAACUUUAAAAAAAAAUAAAUAAUAAUUUUGAGGGGUUUUUUUGUGAAGGAUUCUUUGGUAUAAAAAGCGAUUUUCCAUAAAGUCAGAAAAAAAAAAAAAGAGAAAAUUCCUUUGGGUAUCAGCUUUCAGUGAAUUCUGAUACGAAUUAUUUAAAUUUCAUAAUUAUGUAUUUUGAAGUCUGCAGAAGUAUCUUAUAUUUAAACCCCAAAGCUACGAACUUUUAAAAUCCAUUAAAAACCAUGAGGGGGAUGAGUGAUGAAUAAGGAUAUAGACCUGUGUUUUACCAAAUAACAACUUCAAAGCCAAAAUUAUGCAGUUUUACUGUUGUCAAGAAAUGUGAUCAGAUAAUUUUUUUCUGACAAUCCUAUCACUUCAAACAGAUUGUUUUGAAGCCAUUCAGAAGCUUGCAACUUGAAGUCUCGUUUUUAAAAAAUGGCCAAACCUAGGAUAACUAUCUCAUUUUAUCUGUUGUCCUCUUUACCUUGUUACUUGUUACUGUUGCAUUGUUAUAUUGACAGUAUGUGCUCCCUCUUCAGGUUUUAUCAGUUGUGAUUGAAUGUGUCUGUGUGUAUGUGUGUGUGUAUGUGUGUGUGUGUGUGUGUUUGUGGUUGUGUAUGAAUAAUAGAUUGGAGGGAAUGUAUGUAUGUGCUUGUAUGUGUGUGUGUGUGUGUAUGAGUGUGUCUAUGUGUGUGUGUGUUUGUGUGUGCGUGUGUGUGUGUGCACUUGCACAUGCACGUGCACAAGUAUGCAUGGGUGUUCAUGAUCAGUGUGUGCUCAAUCAAUGACGGCCUACAUGUAUUUGUUUUCUGUAUAGUGAUAUGAAAGACUGUUUUCUUUUUGGUCAAGAAAAAUGUAAAAUUUGUAGAGCCUCACUAUUGUUAGAUGCACUAUAAAGGAGCUUUACUAUUGUUGAUAUUAUUGUUAUUGUUAUGAUUGUGGUAGUGAUAUCAUGAAAUCUAGAAAGUGGUUUUACAGGGAUGAGUACCCCAGAAUAUAAAUUCUGUUACUGAUUGACUUUAUAUGUUUUAGAGGUCUGUCUACGCAAUUGAGGUCACAGGCGUAAUACUAUAUUCCAUCAGACAGAUAGAGAUAUUUUAUGAAAAUCUCUCCAUGUGGGAUUGAAGUCAUGUCUUUUAAAUGUAAGGCAGAGGGCCUAAACAUUGUAACUCGGCUAACACUGAACAAGAGUAACACAAGAGAAUUUUGUAACUACUGUAAAUGGUACGGGCAAGAGGCCAUCACUGAUAUUAUUUAUUGUAGAUGGUGGUUUGAAAAUAGUGUCACUAAUCAGAUUUCAUUUUUGUACACAUAACAAUGUAUUCAGAUUCCCAGAAUUUAAGGGCAAAAUUGUAUUAUCUCUCCUCAUCUUCCAAGGAAAGUUACAGCUGGUGUAGUGAAUGGAUAUCGCAGUCAUGCUGGAUUGACCCCUUGAUCAGAAUAAUUAUUAUAUAUACUCUGGAAAAAUCUGCCAAUUCUUUUUCCAGUGUAUUAAUAAAUUUUAUUCUGCUUUU